AAUACUCAGGACUUAAUUUUCCUCUAUUACUGACCCAGUUCUGGUAAAAUUUAGCUACUUUCAUUUCUGAGGCUUUCUCCUUGUAGACCAGUGUACUCAUUCUCAUGGGCUUUGAGGCCUUUUAUGAAGUACUGUGAGGAUUUAGGCUGGCUAGGUGUCCUUGUUUACAGAGGGCAGUCCUGUGUUCAAAGGAUUCUCAGUGGGCUGCCCUCUAUUUGAAGGCUGCCCUGUUCAAUUCCAGUUUAAAGAUAAUGCCCAAUAAGAACUGUUGCCUUCCACCAGUUAGCACCAGGACAGCAGGUCUCCUGGUUGCCACUUUCCAUGGCUUGAUGAGAUGCACUGUUUUCUAAUAAAACAAUUAUUUCUAAAUUGAUGUCUAUAUAUAUAUAUAUCUUUUUGUAUGUGGUUUUUUGGCAAACUCCUGUUUUUUUUUUUUUUUUUUGGUGAUGUAUUUCCUCUUUUUGGGGGCAAUUUGUACAUGGCCACCCAAACUAUGCUGUAUGAUUAGAGUAGAUUUUUGGUUCAAUUUUUAUUUGUUGCCUUCUGUUUUUACACUCUUUCUCUAAAUUAAUGACAUAUUUUAAAAUGGUACACAUACACAGUGACCCACAAACCUUAGUGAUAGCUUCUCCUCUUCCUCCUCUCCUUUCUUGAGCAGUAUAUAACUCUGCCACCACACUCGCGCUGGUUCUGCAGCACAAGCAAGAUCCAAAGGUUCUGCACAGGAAGUAAUGCAUUGUGCAGCAGUGCCAGAAAAGAGCAAACAUUUUCAUCUUGAAUGGACAGGUCAGUAUCGUUCCCCUUUGAAAGGAAAAGGACCAUUUCACUCAUUUCUGAUUGCUGUAGGCACUGCUGCUUUUCUAUUUCAUUGGAUACUACCCAUUAUUAUUACCAUAUUGCAUUUAUAUCACUCCUUUUUUUCAUCUUGUGAGGAACCCACAAGAUGGCUUACCUAGCUCCAACUUAUCCUCACAUCAGCUACCUGUGAGGUAGAUGCACUGCGAGCAAGUGACUGGCUAAAAGUCACCCAGUGCGCUUCAUGGCCGACUGAGGACUAGAGGUCAGUUCUCCCAGGUCCCAAGUCCAAAACUCCCCUCGCACCAUGCUGUUGUCUUAGGUAUGAUAAUGCAGUGGUUGUCUCAGAAGCCCAAAAUGGAUAUAUUUCAAAAUGGGUGGGACAUUUCAUUUCACAAAGAGGAACACCAAUCAGCAGGCGCAGUUCUCUUGUUGCUGCAACACUGCAAUGGGAGAAGUCUCUGGUGAGAGAUUUGUGUCCCUUGUCACUCUUAAAAGAACAGAUCUGGAAUAUGGUCACCCUGCAGAGAAGAGAAAAUUGCCUUUGCUUGUUUCCAUGUCAGCCAGGUUUAUGCUUAAGAUUGAUUGUUUUUUCUGUGAUGAGUGACACAUGUUUUCCCCUUAGCUCAGCAUAGGAUGUUUCAUUGGGACAGUUUACAGUAAUACAUGCAUUUAAAUGACUUGCCAUGCAAAUCAGUGACAGCUUUUCCACUCACUACAAGAGGCAAUAGCAUGUGUUAAUUGAUCUGAAUGCAUGCAUGUUCUAAAAAUAUAUAUAAUUGGGUAGAAAAUAUAUAAGGAAAUUAAUGAUAUGGAGUGGCUGGGGAAGGGGAACUGCACAAAGGGCAGUUUAAAUCAGUGCUAGCUUAAGACAUCUUGUUGCCUGAAAUAUAGACCAAAUAGUGAAACCCUUCAGUUCUGCUCGCUAGAGGCAACCAUUUAAAAAGUCUCACUGCACCAUUCAGAUGUCAAAUCCUAUGUUCCGCUCUGUCCUGCUGCAUGGCAGGGACAACUAUAGGUUAAGUCUUAAAAAUAAUCUUUUCUAAAUGUUCUCUGUGAAUAGUGCCGAUUCUUUGACUGUUUUCAUUUCAAAACCUGUGUAGAACUGCAAUCCAUAGUUAAAGGGUUUGACCAAUAUUUGAGCCACAGUGAGAUAUGCUAAGUCUAUUGAAAGCAAAGCACUUAAGCAUGCUUAAACUGGGGUUGGAUUGUGCCCACUGAGUGUCUACAUACACCUCUAUUAAAUAUAUUCUGAAAACAAAGUGGCAGCUGAGUUUUUUAUUUGAUCUCAGGGAGAACUUGUACUGAGAACUAUGCUUUUAUAUUCAGAAUAAUAUAAUUCCUCCUACUCUGAUGUUAUCCAUCUUUCAUGAGAGCCACUAUGGAGCAUGGAACCAGGACUCAGCCAUAACACUAACUGAAAGACUGUGAACCAGUCAUGCUCUUUCAGCGUAGUCCACCUCACAGAGUGGUUGUGAGGAAAAAGUGGAGAGGAGGAGAAUCACAUAAGCUACCUUGGGUUCCUUGCAAGAAAAAAGGCAGGUUAUAAAUAAAGUUUUCCCAUAAUGCUGAUCAAGGAUAACUUCUAAUAUAUGAACUGCUCGGCUGAAUGUACUUUCCCACUUCCCCUCUGAGUGGUGCACAACUAACACUUGAAAAAGUGUAAUAGCUACUGAUUAUUUAUCACAACCCCAUGAGUAAUUAGCUGACAUUGUCUAGUGUUUAAAAGGAUAUUCUGUUCGGUUGUUUGAAAUCUUGUGAAUUGAUUUAGCAGUUUUCUGGAUGAGGCUUCCAGGCUAUCAUAUUACCAAGGCUUCUGCUUCCAGAUUAUUUGAACAAUUAAGAUUGGUUUCCUUACAUGUAUUCUCCCCACAUUCUCUUCUUUGUCUUUCAGUAUGUUUCAUUAUGCAAACACAAGAUGGUGCUAUAUAAUGCCCGGAACUACAUGGUCUGUCAUCCAUUGAGACCUACACAAGUCUUGGCCUUGUAAAAUCGUGUGGCUGGGAGCCUGCUGAACCACUGCCACCUCAUUGUAUCAGUCACUCCACUUGCUCACUUGCCCAGACUGUUGCCACCUGUUUGCUCACACUGGUAAACAAGCAGGCGGCAUGAGUGGUGAUGAAGAGAAUGAAACCCACUCAGGGUCCACCAAAACAUUAUACUAGCACUGGGAAAUCCCAAGAAAUGUGCCUCCAGCCUCCCGGACUGCCCUGCAACCUUGGGUGGGGGGAGUACGAUGAAGUGGAGAGGAAUACUUCUCGCUGCCGUUCUGCAGGCGUUGCUGCCAGUUGCAGGUGCUGAUGGGUUAGGACUGACAGACCCCAAACUAUGUUACAUUCUGGAUGGAUUCCUCUUAAUUUAUGGUGUGAUUAUCACAGCCUUUUUUGUAAAAGCCAAAUUAACCAAAGGCUCUCACGAAUCCACAAACUCUCAAAAUAAUACAGAUAAUCUCUAUAAGGAACUGUCUCCUGGACACAGAGAAGAAUAUGAUUCGCUUGGAGUAAAAAAGAGAGACGAUGACAUUGAAAAGGGAGGGAAAAACCAGCACAGAAGAAAGAAACCUCAGGACAAAGUUUACACGUCUCUACAGAGGGAUAAAAUGAGUGAAGCAUACAGUGAAAUCGGAAAUAAAGGAGAGAGGCGCCGUGGCAAAGGCAAUGACGCUGUUUAUCAGGUAAGGAACAGCAGUAGCAGCUUGCCUCCCUAUACCUUACAUGACUCUCACCCCAUAAAAGUGACCUACCUGAAGAAGGCCCUUCUCCUGCCUUACCUCUGAGCCAAUUCUGUGCAUGCAGCAGACUGCUUGUCUCUGAGUGCAUUCUGCCUCGUCUGAUCACAUUUGGAUGAAAGGUGUGCAAAUACCCAUUUAUUUAGCGAGUUUAACUGUUUUUAGGCCUCUAUUUAUUAUAGAACAAAGCAGUAUAAAAUGAAAACAAAACCAAACUAUGCCAGAUCAGAUAGAAAAGCCAUAGUUAUUCAAUGGAAAAUGCCAAUAAAAUCUGCUGCCCAUAAAUUAUUGAAAGAUCAAGGAAAAUAGGGUCCUAGUCCUGAAAUUUUUAGGUGCAAAGUUUGCCCUGCUCCUCUCCUGUGCAUGCCUCCCACCUCUUCUGAUGUGAGGGAGGAAGCAAUUACUUGUGAGAAACUGAAGCAGGAAGAAGCAACAGAAGUUAAUGCUAUAUGGGCAUUGCACAAUGGCAAAAUUCCAUUUGUCAGGCAUGAUGUGAUCCACUUGAUCAAUCCGAAAUGCAUGCAGUUAUGAAGAUGGCUUGUCACAACCAGACUUUGUGGUAAUGGAAGUUGCUGCCAUAUGUUGAAAAGAGAAAAUGCAUCCUUUGAGUUUGAUACGAUACAAAGUCUCCACUCAUUUAGAUGCUGAAAGGGUUGAAGUUUUUUUCUAAGAGUCCCAGACUGCCCUAAGAAAGGACAGGAAGACUGGUACAAGAACAGGAGUGGCAGCUUCAGCAUGGACAGUAUCUAUCACAAGAUAAUAAGACAUUUCAAAGCCUAGUGAUUCAGUCACCCAGAAUAAUUGCUGUAUGUACAGAUAUUUCUUCUCUAUAGGAGAUGGAGGAGAUUGAUUAUCCAUUCCUUGCUCCAGAGAAGAAGUAAAGGGUUGAACAGACUCCAGUUCAAAGGAAUCCAUAACCUUUGCAUCGGACUGUGUGGGUGCUUCAAACAGUAUCUUGUUUCUAGUCAUAGUCCAAGGGACUAAUGCCAAGGCAGACACUUCUGGGUCCUUUGGUUGUUCCAGUAGCUUCCUUUUCCAGGGUGUGGUUUGAGGGACUGCUGAUGAGACAGAUACUUGUGGUCAGAGGAAAUACCAUACGUAGUCCCUGUAGUGAGCUGGUAGAGAAUCCCUUCUAUGAGGAGAUCUUCUGUCUCAGAAGUAAGGCGAGCCUGGGUUGCAGCAUUCAAACACACAGACUUUCAAGGAUGAUUAAAUAUCUAUUAUUCCAUUCUCUGAAGUCAACCUGGUAACAUGAGCCUCCUUUGACACCAUAGGGAAUGCAUACUGUACAUCUGACUGAGCAAAGAGUAAAAGGCGGGUUACUAGGUAUUGUGGUUAAACCUAUUGGAGGGUAAGUCUUAUCAUGCAGUGUGGAAGGAAUUGGCAUCAGUUACUGGAAUAUGAACCUUCCUCCAGCAACUUGGACUUCUUGGGCUCUGUAGCCUGAACUGUAGAAGGAUGCUUUAUUUAUUUAUUUAUUUAUUUAUUUAUUUAUUUAUUUAUUAAAACAUUUUUAUGCCGCCCCAUUCGCCGAAGCCUCGGGGCGGCUUUGAAGAACAUUUCAUAUUGGGUAGCCAGAUGUUGGUGGAAAGUCAACCAUUUGUGGAUCUUGCUGACCUGAUGGGUCUAACUGUGCUACAUUUGUGAUCGGGACCAGGGAUGUGGUUGGAUUUGGAACUGAAGGUUAGAAUGGAACCAGUGAGGACAGUUCAGAAAUAGGUGCUUGGGCCAUUGUGAGGGCAGGUUUUGAGUACACGGAGAGCUGACAGUUUCAUUGUUUCAGAGUUAGUCACCUGGAAGACUCAUGCCCAAAGACUGUAAGAGACAUGAGGAACAAUUUUCUCAUGCUUACUUGUGAAAAGUCUUGACAAUAUGAACACAACUUUAUGACAUGGCCACUACCCACACAAAAAGGCACAGAUUGUGUCUGUCACUUGAUGGUAGUUGCCUCUUGCAGUUGACACAUUUAGAUAAGGGCUCCUGCAGAGCCUUAGGCUGGCAAUAGAAAAGAUCACAAAGGCAGUAAACACAGUCAUUAAAUAAACAGAAUAGUGAUUUAGUACUAAAACAAACCUAGGGAGAGGGGUAGUUACUGGGUUUCAGUGCUAAAGAAGUAAUUCAAUACAGAAGACUCUCAACAAUGCUGCUGCCAUGGUAGUCAAAGAGAAGCUGAGGGGAAGGCUGUGUUCUGGCCAUGCAGUGGGGUGGGCUUCCUGCCUAAAAUGGGAGCCCUGGAAAAUUCUGACUGAGGCUCUGCAGCUGCAGGAUCUACAUGUGUGAUGCAUGGAGAUCAUAAAGAACCAGUUUCCCCUACUUUGGGACAGGUAAUAGAUCUCCAGAUGUUUUGGGCAUCAGCUCCCCGCAUUCCUAUUGGUCAAACUUGCAGUGGUUUCCAGGCCCAAACAUCUGGAAAUCAAACUUUUGCCCUUAACAUAAAAGAAGGCCAACUGUUAACCUGUUCUUUCCUGCAUUUUGUAGACCAGAAGGUGGGCGACCUUUUUUUCUGUCAAGGGCUGUAUUCCUUUGUAGGUGAUUUUUGGGAGCCACGUAUCCAUCUGUUGUGAGCAGGGCUGAAGGUAGCUGUGGACAGGUCUACAGUAAAAAAUGGAUGAACCAGAACUUUUUCCUUUUUGCCACCCUUUUCUCAUUCUCUUUCAUCCCACUCAGUAGCUGCUAGGCGGAUUAGUUUACUUCUGCCCAAAGUCUGAAGCAAUUGCAUUCAGGGGCUUCUGAAUUAGGCUGAGGACCAAUUGAAGGGCCACGUAGAGCUCCAGGACUAGAGCUUGCCCUCCUAUUUUUAUGGCCAAGACCUCAGACUGUAAAUAGGAGGCAAAACAUAACUUUACAUGUAAGGUAUUCAUAACUGACCAGCAGCAUUGUUCACAGAGGAGGACACUGGCUACAUGCGUUACCCUUGCACACAGCAUUCCGCUUUACAUCCCCUUCUGACCCAAUUAAGAGAAAAAUAAAAGUCAGGGAGUAUUCACAUUCUCUUCUUCCUCCUCUUUCCGUUUUUGCUAAUCAUAACAUAUAUUUUGCUCUGAUUGUUAGUCACUCACCUGGUGCAUUUUAGGCAUGAACAAAGCCAUCAAAUAUAGUGUUUGCGAUUAUUGACUGCCAGGUGCCUCAGUGGCAGAGCUACAGUGAUGCAUGUGGAAUUGUUCUAGUCACAACACCUUUCUUUAUCAGGGACUGAGUACAGCAACAAAGGACACAUAUGAUGCCCUUCAAAUGCAGCCAGUGCAUACUCCUUACUAGCCAUGGAUGAAGACAGAAGCGGAACGAUCCACAGGGAAUGCUGGAAAUAUUGCCAUUGUAGGUGAUCCUUUAAGGAAGCCAUUUCAUUGCACAAUUAAUGCCAUGGGCAGGAGCAUAAAAACUAAGUUUCCUUUUUCCCACUAAAUUCAAAUUGUAGUUUAAAGUAUAUACAUAUCUGUAAAAAAUUAGUCAUUUGCUCAGAUAAAUUUGAAGAGCAGAAAUUGUAAUUGCCUUUUUUUUGGGGGGGGGGUGUUUGAGGAGUAUUCAAAAAUACGUAGAGUAUGUUGCUCCUCUGUGGAAGGUGUCCCCUAAUUGCAACUUUAGAGUCCCAGCAGGAUAACUACCAUCCUGAGUUAGAUCCAGAUAUCAUCCUACAGGAGCAGAAGCCACAAUGCUCAGUUAUCUUUUUUCUCAUUAUGUCGUUAUGCCUCCAAUGCUAGGAUUCUGAUCCAAUAUAUUGAAUUCUGAGAGUGUCAGGCUCUUCCAUGACAUAUUGUUAUUGUUUUUACUUGAAAGCCAGAUUUCAAUCCAUCCGUGGUAUGCUACUGCUUGCUCAAGUUUUUAUAGAACUGCCCAAGCACUUCAACUGUUCUGCAAGCACAUAUGUGAAUUCAACUCUUUGUUUUUACUGUGGAUUUGGCAACAUUACUGUAGAAUAUUUUUAUUUGUAGGAGUUGUUGGGAAAAUAAUUAUACUAUCCUUGCAUUUAAGAACAUUCCACAGACAAGCCAGGAAUAAAUCCCCUGCAACGUAAUUCAGCAACUGCUGUUCUCCAAAUGUUUUGGGUUAUAGCUCUCAUCAGCACCAAACAGCACAGCCAGUUUAUGUAGAGGCAACUCUUCCUGUACCUACUGCAAGUUACCCCUUAGUGUGUUUAGGAGAGCAGCCUGAAAGACUAGAAAAUAAAAUCUGCAUCAGUUGUAAGAAUGCUUCUGCCAGACAAACUCCUAUGAGAAUUAUAUUCCACUAAUGCCUUCAAUCUGUUUCCAUCACCUAUGAAUACUUAUGUGGGAGAUCACUGGAAGAUCUUUUAUUCUUCUAUGGAAGGCUGAUAGACCCACAAGUGGUUCUUGUACAAGAUGCAAGAUUAUUCUGACAUGACUGUUGAGCUAUUAAUACAGUACAAAAGCAGAGAUAUUCUAGCCUUUGAGCUUCCGUAAGAAUUCUCCUUACCGUGACUGUGUUUAUUGUGUCAGCUUGUUGAUGGACCAUUUUCUUGUAAAGAUAACUGACCGCUGUAGAUAUAUUCUGAAAAUAGUCAUGCUUGGAAAUACCACAGUGGAAAUCAGGGGUUGCAUGCCUGACUUGAUGCUUAACCAAAUCUAUCUUUUCAAAAUGCAACUCUGGAUUUAAAACUGUGAUACCCAGGAUAUUAUGGAGAAAUGUAUUAUUUGUAUAUUAAAUGUAUUAUUUCUCCAUCAUAAUGUAUUAUUGUUACCAAGAAAUGUAUUGUUGUUGUUUCUCUCUAAAUGACUGAAACAUGUUCUGUCUAUUUUAAAUAAAAGCUUCAAAAGUA